GUAAUAUGUAGGGUGUACUAUGUGCCUGCAGCGGCGCGACGACCAACUACGCCGGGCUGUUAGUGACCCGAUUCCUGCUUGGGUUCGUCCAAGCUGCGUUUUAUCCAGGUGAGUGGGACGAUCCAAUGGGCACCAAGUCCAACUUUGGAAAAAAACGAGACAGUCCCCCUAUAACAUGAUGGCGCGUACAGGUUGCAUAGCCACGCUCAGCUCCUGGUACGUCCGCAAAGAGCUCGGCCUCCGCACCGGCCUGUUCUACACCGGCUCCAUGCUCUCGGGCGCAUUCUCGGGGCUCCUCGCCGCGGGGAUCUUGAGCGGCAUGGACGGCACGCUCGGCCUGCUGGCGUGGCGCUGGACCUUCAUUACCGAAGGCACCCUCACCGUCGUCAUCGCCCUCGGCGCCCUCUUCGUCCUCCCGGACUUCCCGGCCAACACUAGGUGGCUGACGGAGCAGGAGCGGCAGCUGGCCGUGUGGCGCAUGGAGGUCGACGCCGCGGGCGAGGAGGACUGGACGGGCUCGUCGUCGUCGUCGUCGUCGUCGCCGCAGCCGCUCUUCGACGGGUUCCGGAUGCUCGUCGUCGACCCGGUCAACUGGAUCCUCGUGCUCGUCGUCUACGGCGCCGCGUCGUCCAUCUCCAUCAACAGCUUCUUCCCGACCAUCGUCGGCGGCCUCGGCAGGGGCCGCAUCGCGACGCUGCUGCUCACCUCGCCCCCGUACCUGCUGGCCUGCGUCGCGUGCGCGGGCGUCUCGUGGAACGCGGGCCGGACGGGCGAGCGGUACUGGCACACCGUCAGCCCGCUGGCGUGCGCGCUUGUCGGGUUCGUCGUGUCAAGCGCGGCGACGGGGGUGGCGCCGCGGUACUUUGGGGCCAUGGUCAUGCUGCCCGGCAUCUACACGGGCUUCAACAUGUCCAUGGUCUGGACCGCCAACACCAUCUACCGCCCGGCCGCCAAGCGCGCCGCCGCCGUGGCCUUCAACAACGCCGUGUCCACGCUGUCGAGCAUCUACGGCUCGUACCUGUACCCCAGCCACGCGGCGCCCCGGUUCGUGCUGGCCUUCAGCGUCAACGCCGGCAUGGCGUUCAUGGCGAUCGUGGCCUCGACGGCCUUGCAUUUUGUGUUGAAGAGGGAAAACCGGAAGCUGGCGUUGAGGGAUCAAGAGGCGGAGAAUGACGGCCGGACGAUCCUGGUGGGAAAGGGAUUUAGAUACUUGGUUUAG